AUGUCUCCCGUUCCGAUCCCCCCGCCGUCCGACGACAUCGCGACUCUUCUGCAGUCCGUCACGCCCCCGACGAUGCCCCCGCACCGGUCGCACGACCCCUCCAACAACAUGAAGCGCAGUGACCCCUUCCAGUUCGGCUCUCGGUACCUGGAGCAAGGAGAUGAUGUUUUCGAGUUCAACGCAUGGGAUCACGUGGAGCCCGAUGACGAGUUCAAGGCAUUCGCUGAGGAACAGUAUGCCAAGCAGCGCGACGCUCCAGUAUCGGAGUUCGACCGCAACCGCUUCAACGCCGACCCGGCCAAGUGGUGGAACCUCUUCUACAAGAACAACACGUCCAACUUCUUCAAGAACCGUAAAUGGCUGCGCCAGGAAUUCCCGGUUCUCGACGAAGUGACUCGGGCGAAUGCGGGCAAGCAGGUCGUGUUGGAGGUCGGUGCAGGCGCCGGAAACACCGCUUUCCCGCUGUUGGAAAACAAUGAAAAUGAGGAGUUGAUGGUCCAUGCUUGUGACUUCUCCAAGACCGCCGUCCAGGUCAUUCGUGACAGUCCUAAAUACGACACCAAGCACAUCACAGCGGACGUGUGGGAUGUGAGUGCUACUGGGGACGAUUCGCUGCCUCCGAAUGUGGCAGAAGGAUCGGUUGAUGUCGUUGUGCUCAUCUUCAUCUUCUCUGCCUUGGCUCCCAAUCAGUGGGAACAGGCUAUCCGUAACAUCUACCGCGUCCUGAAACCAGGUGGAAAGAUUCUUUUCCGUGAUUACGGACGAGGUGAUCUCGCUCAGGUCCGAUUCAAGAAGGGCCGGUACAUGGGCGAGAACUUCUACAUUCGGGGCGAUGGUACGCGCGUGUAUUUCUUUGACAGGGACGAGCUCGAGAAAAUGUGGGGUCAGUGGACACCGGAGAAGGGACUGCCCAAGGGACUUGUGGCUGAGGCAGAGAGCACCGCCACUGACGAAGCCGCUGCUACUGAAGAGACAACCGCUAGCGAACAGCAAGGCGUCUUCGAAGUGAUGAAGUUGGCUGUCGACAACCGACUGAUCGUCAAUCGUCAGCGCAAGAUCAAGAUGUAUCGUUCCUGGAUUCAGGGGCACUUUGUCAAGACAGUCAAAGCUACUGCUGCUGCCAGUGAGAAGAACGAGUUUUGA